UCCGUCGGGUGUGCCUGGGGUGACUCCCGGAGCUAGCCGCCCCCUCCCCCCCCCAGGCCCGGUUCGGUUCGGUUCCUGGGAGGCAUCGGCGGGGGCGGCUAGCGGUUCCGGAGCGAGCGGAGAGCCGGUUUCCGAGGAUCUCUAUACUCCCCCCUCCCACACAUACCCCAGAAACUACUCGAUGCUGAAGCCUUUCACCGUGGUACCAGAGACUUUGGAAGCACCAUGGAUGGGUUUUGUGAUCAGCAAGUCCCUUUUAUGGUCCCAGGGAAAUCUCGCUCAGAGGACUGUCGAGGGCGACCUGUGACGGACAGAAAGAGGAAGUUUUUGGAUACGGAUCUGGCUCACGAUUCUGAAGAGUUGUUUCAGGAUCUUAGUCAACUUCAAGAGGCUUGGUUAGCUGAAGCUCAAGUCCCUGAUGAUGAACAGUUUGUCCCAGAUUUCCAGUCUGACAACUGGUCUCUCACUGAAGAAGCUGGACCUCAUCAGCUGGCUAGAGCUGGGAUUGCAGUGGUGCUUCACGCUCCACCUCCCACCAAGAUCAAGCGGGAGCUGCAUAGCCCCUCCUCUGAGUUGUCAUCCUGUAGCCACGAGCAGGCUCUUGGUGCUAACUACGGAGAAAAGUGCCUCUACAACUAUUGUGCCUACGAUAGGAAGCCUCCCUCUGGGUUCAAGCCAUUAACCCCUCCUACCACACCUCUGUCACCCACCCAUCAGAGUUCCCUAUUUCCCCCACCUCAGGCAACCCUGCCCACCUCAGCUCUUGCCCCUGGAGCCGGCCCAGUUCAAGGAGUGGGUCCCGCCCCCACCCCUCACUCACUUCCAGAACCUGGGUCACAGCAGCAAACGUUCGUGGUCCCCCGGCCACCACAUCAACCCCUGCAAAUGCCAAAGAUGAUGCCGGAAAGCCAGUAUGCAUCAGAACAGAGAUUUCAGCGACAGCUGUCUGAACCCUGCCACCCCUUCCCUCCUCAGUCAGGAGUUCCUGGAGAUAAUCGCCCCAGCUACCACCGACAGAUGUCGGAGCCUAUUGUCCCCGCUGCUCCCCCACCCCUUCAGGGAUUCAAGCAGGAAUACCAUGACCCGCUCUAUGAACACGGGGUCCCUGGGAUGCCUGGUCCUCCAGCACAUGGGUUCCAGUCACCAAUGGGAAUCAAGCAGGAACCCCGAGAUUAUUGCACCGAUUCAGAAGUGCCUAACUGCCAGUCCUACAUGAGAGGAGGAGGAUAUUUCUCCAGCAACCAUGACGGAUUCACGUAUGAAAAGGACCCCAGGCUAUACUUCGAUGACACCUGCGUGGUGCCCGAGAGACUGGAAGGCAAGGUCAAGCAGGAGCCCACCCUGUAUCGAGAAGGGCCUCCUUACCAGAGGCGAGGCUCUCUUCAGCUGUGGCAGUUCCUUGUCACCCUUCUUGAUGACCCAGCCAAUGCCCACUUCAUUGCCUGGACUGGCCGAGGCAUGGAAUUUAAGCUGAUAGAACCGGAAGAGGUUGCUCGGCGUUGGGGCAUCCAGAAGAAUCGGCCAGCCAUGAACUAUGACAAACUGAGCCGCUCGCUACGCUAUUACUAUGAAAAGGGCAUCAUGCAGAAGGUGGCCGGGGAACGGUACGUCUACAAAUUUGUCUGCGACCCCGAUGCGCUUUUCUCCAUGGCCUUCCCAGACAAUCAGCGUCCCUUCCUGAAGGCAGAGUCAGAAUGCCCCCUCAACGACGAGGACACCCUGCCACUGACUCACUUCGAAGACAACCCUGCUUACCUCCUGGACAUGGAUCGCUGCAGCAGCCUCCCCUAUGCUGAAGGCUUUGCUUACUAAGUUUCCGAAAUGGCUGAGCGGCCAGACCCUAGAGCUAGCAGUCCCCAUUCAGGCAAAUGAGGGCAGUGGUUUUGUUUGUGUUCUUGGCUGUUCCUAAAGCUUGCCCUUUGAGUAUUAUCUGGAGAACCCAAGCCAUCUCUGGAUUGACACCCUUAAAGACAAAUAACCUUGGCUAAGGAGUGGGGACAGGGAGAGACAGAAAAACCACCACGUGACUGGUGAUUCUGAGAUUUGGUGAGAAGAGAUGAAAGUGGAGCCUCCUUGCCAUUGUGGACAACAUGUGCAGAGCAGUCCCUUGCUCAGGUUAGCGCCCACGAAAGGGGAACGAGUGUAUGACAAUCCGCCAUGACCAUGGACUACUAAAUGCCUUUAUAUAGAAGGGCUUUGACUUGCACAAUUCUUUGGAAAGAAACCGCAGACCCAUAGGAAAGUUGAAGGCUCGGUUGGGGAGGCUCAGAUCGUUAAGGCUUGAAAUAAACAAAACUCCUGGAGCUAAGUCUGAAAUGUCUCCCCCUUAGCCCAGAACUGGGGAGGCCGGGCGGCUAUUAGCCACUCCCCUUGAGCCUUCAGCCAGAGUGGUCACCAAGUAGAUCAAGCCCCUCUCCUCCCAGUCACAUGGCUGAGUGCGGAUGGCUUUCAUUUUAGAAGAAAGACUAACACUUGACAGUAUUUUGUUUUGCUUUGAUUUAGGGGGAUCAUUUUGUUUUGGUGGUUGUUUUGGGAAAAAAAAAAGAAAACAGUUUCUACAAACUGAUUUUUGUAGUUUUGGUAUUUAAAGCAAAAAAAAAAACAAAAACAAAAACCUUUUGGUAACUGCACUAUGUCCCUUAGGCAGGGCCGUGCCCACUUACGAAGACAUUGCAGCUUAAGAGGGGCUCGGCUGGGGCUUCCCUUCGCCAUGUAGAAGCCUCCUUGGUGCGCUGUGCACCAGAUAACCUCUUGAAACAUUACACCUGGUUUGUACAAUUCUCGAAGUGUGCUGGGCAGCCUGGACACAGCUUCGACUCUCUGUGUAUAGUUCUCCUUGCUCACUAACUUGCCCUCUCUGGGAAGCAGAUGUACAUACUACACGUCAUGUCCAUUUAACAACUGGUCACCUGGUGGGAGCCACAUAGGCAUCGUCUCAGUUUUCUUUUCUCUUUCCAUUUUGGACCUUCACCCCUGCAUAAGGGUUCCCUUGGAUCUGAAACUUACCUGUCACGGGCAGGUAAGACAGUGCUAGCUCGCAUCCUGGCUUCCUGCUACUCUCGUUUUUACAUUUUUAUUCUGAUUGCUGUAUUAUAUUGGGAAUGUUUUAAACAACCAAACUGAGGAGGUAUGGAAGUCAGGUCCAGAGUGGAGGGAAAGUCACCGGGGAGCUCCGGGAUCUUGCUGCCCGCCUGCCCCCUGUUGACAGGCCUGUUGUUCUUAACACUCCACCUGUGAUAAGGGUGUCCUCUUGUGCAGGACCCAGAACUGACUGUGGGGGGGACAGGCUUUACUGCCCUACACUGAGGCACUCCAUAGCCCAUAGCCCUCUCACCCGUGUGAAGGACGAGGGGUGCAUUUUUAUAGCUAUGGGAAACCAAGGUUUUCCUCUUGAGAGCUAGUCAGCCCUCAGAGGUGUCAAGCCUGAAGCUUGGGCCUUAAUGAGCAUUGUGCUCUAAGGAAAGGCCUCUUCCUAAAGGAUAUUUAUAGCUUUCUAGUCUACACAUAGCCUAUACAUAGAUGCGAGUUUUACCCAGCCGGCUCGAGACUUAUUUGUUGUAAAUGCUGUAUAGAUUGCUUUGUUUGUUUGGUUGUUUUCCUUUCCUCCCUUCUACUGGUUUGGGUUUUUUUUGUUGUUUUUUUUUCCAUGUUUAUGCUGUUUUAUUGGUAUGAAAAGAACCUUCUGUAACCUGAGCUGCCCCUCCCCUGCUGUGAUGCACAGCCUGUGCUGUCGAGGGACACAGGACAGCAGCGUCAUUUGCAUUCCCACUGGACUCAUGUGCCCCCCAAAUAGAUGUUUCCUUCAGGGUGUGGGGGCUGUUCCAUUCGUUCGCUGCUUUUCCAGAGUGUGGAAAGUCUACAGUGCAGAAAGGCUUUAACCCGCCUUUGAUUUGAAAUACCCCCCUGCGCAGGGCUGUGUACAUCCUGCUGAGCUGCGUUAUAUUCUGUACUGUGUACAAUAAAGAAGUUUGCUUU